GAAAAUAGACAUUUUGGUUUGAGCUCAGCUAGUGACCGAAGUGUAGUGACCCUCCUGCACCGAGUAAAGGUUAACUAUCUUCUGUUUCUGAACGUUUAAAUGUGCGUUUUAACUCGUUGUUUUUACCGAUAAAUAGCCAACUGGUUUAAAGUUAAUAAAUAUAUAUCUAUUUUCGGCUGGAACUUGUAGUCUCUUCGCACGUUAGCUACCUUGUUGCUAAGCUAGUUGUGUUUCCAGCUAACCUGGUCAACGAGGUUUGGCUGUUAUGGCUGACUUCAGCAGCAGGAUCAUGAUGUCUUCUGAACACAUGGCGGUCGGCGGCGGGCCUGCAGGAAAAGCGACGUCAUCCUCAGUCGUGUCGGGAAAUGGAAACUGGGACGGUGCAGGUGGGAUGGACCAGAUAACAGUGGUGAGAAUAGAUGACACACACAUUGCAGAGGAGCAGUCUCAUGUCGGGGGGAAGGUUAAAGACGACGCUGCAGAGUACUAUGAGAUGGAGUACUCGAUGCCUGCAGAGGAGGAGGCUGCGGCAGAGGAAGAGGAAGAUGGUGUUUAUGUAAUUGAGUAUUCAAAUGCUGAAGAGGAGGGAGAGAGCUACCAGUUUACGAUGUCCGUGGAUAGAUCGCUCCCAGCCAAAAAGCCAACAAUUAAACAUCCUGUGGUCGGCGAGAACGCCAGAGCUCCGUUACCUGUGGUGUCCAAACCGUUCAGGCCACCGAGGCCGAGACACGAGGUGAGGCAGAAGAGGAAGCUGAUAACCGAAGAGGAGGUCAAAAAGGAGGAAGUUGUGAGCAAUAAGUGUGUGUUGGAGCUCGGAGAGAACUACAGCGACGUGAUGGGAAUUAAUUCAGGCUCAGGUAAAAGACUGGUGUGCUCACUGUGCCCGCCGCCCGGCAGGUUCUUCAAGAGAGGCUCAGGCUUGGCCGUACAUUUAAAACAAAUGCACCACUUGAUGGGGAAGAAGACGUUCUUCUGCACAUCGUGCCAGCAAACGGUUCGCACCCAGAUCGAACUGGACGCCCACACACGACGCCACGCUAACCAGGACGCGGUGUUCACCUGCCUCCUCUGCUCGGCGGAGGCAGGAAACAAAACGGAGACAGAGAAGACGGGGUUCGAAGGGUCGAGGUGGGGUCUGAGGAGGCACCUGGAGAAUGAGCACCCGGGCGUCAUCCCCCGCUGUGACAUCUGCAAUAAAGGCUUCAAGUCGCUCGUGUCGUACCUGGCCGAUCAGUUCAGGCACGUCGGCGUGUCGCCAUACUACUGCGCCAAGUGUCAGAUCUAUGAGAUGACAGAGAGGGGUCUGAGUAUUCACACCAAAAACCACAACAAGAAGAAGAUGAAGCAGGAGUCUGGUGAAAACCACCCGCAGACGCUUGGAGCCUCCGCCGGCGCUGAUAACUCUGCCACCGACGACUCCGACUUCUGAAACGUUUUGUCUUUUCAGAUGAAUUUCUGUCUGUGUUUUUAGACUAACGCAGCAGCAGCUCAGUGACCUCCUCUUUGUCAGAUGGAUGUCUGACAUUUAUGCAUCUUUGACUAAACUGAACUUUGAACACAAUUGUUUGUUUUUGACAGUUAUCAAAUUUAGGAAACCAUGUUUGUAAUCCUCUUCUUUCAAAAUAUGCCUCAAGUUGUUCAUAACUGGUGCCAUUUGGUGGAGUCUUCUACCUACAGCAUCCAUCAGCGUCAUGUGUAGAGUAAAUACAGUUUUGGUAACAGUGGCCUUGGUGCGAAUUGAAGAAAAAUUACAUUUUUUCAUAACCUGGGUCAUAUUUUUGGCCAUCAGGCCUGUUGGACAUGUUCAUUUCUUUCAUUUAAAGGAAUAGUUAAAAUACGCUUAUUCGCUUUCUUGCUGGGAGUCAGAUGAGAAGAUCAACACCACUCUCAUGUCUGUACAGUAAAUAUGAAGUUGGAGCCAGCAGCCAGUUAGCUUAGCUUAGCAUAACGACUGGAAACAGUGGGAAACGGCUGGCCUACCAGCACAUCUAAGGGCCGGAUUAUAGUAGAAAAGAGGUGGUUAGAACAGCGUGUUGUUGACGUGUGGUCGACCAUCCGACAAGCGCGUCUGACGGAGUAUUCUGGCCCCUUCAAGGUCCACGUUUCACAAAUCAAAUCAAACACCAUACAUAAGCACAAACGUAACCACAUUUAUGAGCAUGAACAUUUAGGAUCUUUUGUAAAAGUGACACUGCCGCCGUUUCCGAUUUUCGUGUGCGAGAAAUGUUUAAUCACGUCAAGUUCAACCAAAGAACUCAAACAACUUGUUUGAAAGUGAAAAGUAAAGUGAAAGUAAAAGUAUCAAACAUGAAAACGGAGCAUAGACGUAUACAUUUAUCCUGAAUCCCUACAGUGAAGUAGGUCAGUAAAGUGUUGUCAUAACUGAUAGAAACGAUGGCAAAAACAUUGUAUGUCAGGCUGUAACCAACACUUAAUUUUCAUUAUCGAUUAUUUUUGUCAGUUAAUCGUUGAGUAUGAAAUAAGGGUGGGCGAUGAGGCCCAAAUCUUCUAUCACGGUAUAUGUAAUUGUAUAUCACAGUAUUAUAUGACGAUACAGUAAUUUUUCUGUAAAUUCAAUUAAUGGUUUAAAAUAACCACACUGUACCGUACUUCAUCACAUUUGGUUAUUUUCUUCUUUCAUUUGGAACUUCCAUACAAACAAAAACAACUCCUCCUGCUCUGUAUUUACAAUUUUACUCUCUUCCUCCAUGUUUUCUUGUCACUUUCUUCUUCUGCGGUGGUUGGCAAACCAGCUUGGAGGUGACGUCUACAAAUGUUAAACAGAGAAAAGCUACAACCAGGUUGAAAAAUGACAAAAUAGUUUAAUUUUCUCUCGAUCGGCUACUCGAAUAAUGGACAAAUAGUUUCAGCUCUAAUGUAAAUAAGACCCAGGUUGUAAAAGAAAAGUGAAUCUUCAUUUAACCCCUCAGCCUUGCACAGUGUUUGUUCUUCUUCAUUAGUGUUUGAGUCGGUGCAUGUAUGUGUAAAUACUGUAUAUUCAUGAGUUAUUCCAGUUACAGUAGAAGAAGAAAGUGGAUCCGUUUCCAUCCUGCAGCCUUACAGCACACUGAGAGAGUGAUGAUGUUUACAUGCAGGCAUCAGCUGACUGUUAAGGUGGCUUCAGUUUUUUUUAAACAUGUUAUACUCUUAAUAGCAGUAGUAUUCUGUUAGUAAUUAUCACAAAAAAUAUGCACAUGAUGCUCUGCAGGUGGUGAAAAACAAAAAUGGACGCCAAAGUAGCCCAUGUAAAGGGCAGUGCCUGUAUUUUUUCAUGUUUUACUGGAAAUCGUGUGUUCUUUGCUUUACUGCUAAAGCGUAACGCAGCUUUUUAACCUUGAAUGAGUUUAGGCAGCACGCAAUUUUAGGGAGCUAUGAAAAUAAACUUUAGGUGGGUAAUCCAUCACAGUGAACAUGAAGCCUUCUGUAUUUUAGUUUUUUGUCAAAGUUAGGUGAUAGUUUAAGUCCAGUGUGUAAUAUUUAGGAGGAUCUAUUGGCAGAAAUGUAAUAUAAUAUUUAUAAGUAUGUUUUCAUUAGUGUAUAAUCGGCUGAAAAUAAGAAUUGUUGUGUUUUCGUUACCUUAGAAUAAGCCGUUUAUAUCUACAGAGGGAGCGGGUCCCCUUCCAUGGAGGUCGCCAUGUUGCACCGCCAUGUUUCUACAGUAGCCCAGAGCGGACAAACCAAUCACUGGCUCUAGAUAGGGCUGUUCGAAGUUUUUCGCGAGUUUCCCAGCCAUCGCAGUUUCUCCUACACGCUUGGAAGGGGAGGGCGAGGUGAGCGGUAUUCAGAUGGUUGCAAUCUGCAGUUUCACCGCUAGAUGUCACUAAAUCCUCCACACUGGACCUUCAGGAGACUAGCGACAGGUCCCGAGUCUGUUCAGUCCGAUGGGAGAAGUGAACGCAAGCUCAGAUUAUGACCGAUUCUUUCACCUCAUAGUGACCAAAGUAAAUAUCGGACCCAUUUUUCACAAGCCUGACCAUCCAGACACUAAAAUGGCAUUUUUCAGACACAAAUCAUGGGAAAAUUAACUUUUGAUCUGAAAUAAAGCUUGUGUUUCUUUGCUUAAUAAAUAAUACUAAUAUAUUUAUUAUUAUUUAACCGGGGAGAGUCGACCACGCCCACUUAAGAGACAGGAAGUGUAUCCCGUUUCAUACCAUUGACGCUGUCUGUAAUGCGUUGUCUUUGUAUCUUUGACUGGACCUUUAAAUAGUAACGUAGCUAAAAGAUCUGCUGGUGUGGUGCGUUCAAGUGCUCGUAGGAAGCUCUGACAUCGGAGACCUCACGGUCAGCUGCCGAACAGCAGCCUGUUAAAUGCAAGAACUAAAUAGUUUUUAACUGUUUGUAUUCAACUUAGCUCAUGAAUAUGAUGCUUUUCUGAAGUCAACUCUCAAAACUUUCAAAUCUCAGAUGUUUGAAGCUUUUUAGCAGCAAAUAACACAGAGUACAAAAUGUUCAUUGUGAUGGAUUAACUAUCUCGAAGGUUCUGGUUUAAAGACUGAUUGGUCUGGAAGGUAAGAAGCCAGUUAAAAUAAUGUGUGCUAUAUGUCAGUAAAGUAAAGUUCAUGUGAUUUGUAGUAAAUAUGAUAGAGAUGUAAUAACAGUAUAAAAAAAGCCUGCAUGUAAAUGUUGUCACUGUAAAGAAAAAACGAUGUUUGGGGUUUUAUUACAGAAACUUCCCAACUCUAAAUUCCUGUCUUGUCUUGAGAUUAAAAGUGUUGAAAAUGUUCUGGAGCUUUUGAUCGUACCACGCAGUCUUCAUCAGCAGAUGGAGUUUGCCCAGUUCAUCCAUCUGCUGAUGAAGAGCGUGUGAUAUGAUCGAAAGCUCCAGAAAAUUGUGGUGAGAAUGUUUUGCCAAAUCCCAAAAUCUAAUCUGUUAAAAACAAAAAAACAUAGAAACGUGAACCUGAUUUACUUAGAAAAGAUUUAGAAAAGUAAAACAUUGAUCAAAUAAUCAUUUAGCUCAACAGGAAAAAUAAUAAACUACAUUAAAAAUCAUUUUAAAGGAUAAAAAAAUCAAUCAAUAAACCAGAAAAGUGAUGGACAGAUAAAUUAAUGAAAGUGCAGUAUUUCCCAAACGUUUUGGUUUGGGACUCUUCAUCACAAUUUAUUUACAUUAUUUACAACUUAUUACAAGUGUGAGCAUAAGCUAAAGUUAUUUUUCCUUCUCAGAUUGUUUCAUUUGAAGGAUUUCACAAGAAAAACGCAAAAAUUAGUCAACAAAAAAAAAACAACAAUAUAUAUUUCUCUUUGUUAUCCCGUUUAUCAUCUUGUGACCUUUCAGAUUUAAAUUUCCGCAGAUUGGGAACCACUGAGGUGGUGUGUGUGUGGACUUAUUAAACGGUUAAAUACUGUUAAAAUUAUAAUGUUUAAGCCCAAAAUGUGGAUUUAAAAACCCACCGAUGAUCGAAAUACUGUAUAUCAAGAUAGUUUGACACAAUGUUAACUUGUUUAUGAAUUAAAACAUUUUUAUUAAUUUUUUAAAUAUUUUAUCAGUGGGAUUUAAAAAAAAACUUGUCUUUUUUAUCAGAGGCACUAAAACAAAGAAUAAAAAAAAACUAACUUUUCAUUUUAAACUCUCUAGAAGACAUGAGGAGUGCUCAGACAUAAAUCAUGAAUAUUCUACUUUUGGAGGAUGAAACAAGUAUUAAAGGUGCUAAAAUCACUAAAAUAUCAACUAGGUUUGGUGCGUAAACACUGAGAUGAACUGCAACAAUCUGUUUUUAUUAAACAUUUAGAAGUGAAUGUGAGUUCUUAUUUUUGAAAAUGUGUUAUAUGUUUGGAACGAAAUCUUUGUGAUGUGUAUAUGUUUGGUUGUCGUUUAUUAUUUGCUGCAGCUGUUUGUCUCUGCAACGUUAUCCUUGUGUCUUUUCUUUAAAUUUUCUGACAUCAUUAAAGGGAAACGCCACUGAUUUUUUUAGCAUUGUGUUAUUUUUUGAAAUACUCCAGUCUGUAAGUGAAUGUGACUGAAAGCACUGAGGAUCAAAACCUGUUAAUAUAAUAUAAUGUAAAUACUGCAUGCAGGGUUUUUUUCUGACUGGUUUUGGUUAUGAAACUGAAAAACCAGUUAGCUUCUAGUUCUACUUUUUAUACUAUAUGAUAAAGACACUUUCUAAAAAGGUAUGAUUUUUUAAAAAUGUACAUUUUAAGACAACUGCUCCGUAUAUGUUCCGCCCUUUAAAUAUUAACCCUGAUGUCAGGAGAUGAUAAACAUUCACAUAGAGCCACACUGAGGACAUCAGGUUGUCAUAGAGGCGCUGCAGAAUGGGCUGUACUGAGCUAAAUGCUAACAUCAGCAUGCUAACAUGCUGAUGUUAAGCAGGUGUAAUGUUUACCAUCUUAGUUUAGCUCGUUAGCAUGCUAAUAUUUGCUAAUUAGCACUAAAGUGCAGCUGAGGCUGAUGGGAAAGUCAUUAAAAACAAAGUGUUGGACUUUUUGACCUGAUGGUGGCGCUAGAUUCCAUCCAAUAGUUGUUGAGAUAUUUCAGUCCUGACCAGAGUGGUGGACUGAUCGACCUACAUUGCCACGCAGAUGAACUGGCUAAGAACAGAUACUUAUCAGGUGCAAGUGUUGUUGUUUUUUUUGGGUGAAUCAACCCUUUAAGAAACUUUCUGGGUCUGUUUUGUUGAUUGGUAUAUUAUACAGCCUAUACCUGGUCAAAUAAAAGCAUCUGCAGCCUUUAAAAAACACUUUUUAAAGUCCCCCUCCACUCAAAAAUAUGUUAAUAUAUAUAUCUUCUUGUUCCUACAGUCGGAUGUUUGAGCUUCACGGUGCAGAGUUCGACACUAGAAGGCUGUUUUUCACGUCGUUCAUCUGCUGAAAGUGGAAAAUGUCUCUGCGCUCAUUGACAAUCUGAUUUUUAAAAGGGGUGGAGCCUACGAGCGUGAUUUGUGACAUCACAAACAGUUUGGAAGCCAGUCGUGGUCCAAUUUGCAACUUACACAAGUGCGAUGUAGAAACUUGAAGCCGCCAGUGCACAAACACUGAGAAAGGACUUUACAGUGAAGAAGGAGACAUCUUGUGUCCAGCAGGAAAACUUUACAAAUGAACAAAAUUUGCAUAUUCAUAGUUUCUGGCAUUUUUAAUGAGCUGGAAGCCUUUUUAAGGAUUUUAAUGUGGAAAAAAACCCCAAAUCAGACACGCACUAUUGUUCCAAGCAGACUAUAUGUCUUAAUACACGUCUGGAGGGGGUCUUUAAGUUUUAAUGAAAAAUAAAAAGGCUAUUAAAAAGUCCUGUAGACACAGCUGCAACAUUAAAGUGAUUAACACAUUAAUGCAUCAGUAAUUAUAAGCCACUAAUAUAAUAUUUAUUAUUCUGAAUCAGGCCAUUCUGCAUAAUGAGUACUUUUACAUAAGUAAACUUUUGAAUGCGUAUUACUAUUGAAAUACUGUGAACACACCUCUGGUUAGUAUUAAUUUGUGUCGAACUUGUGGACUAAACACAACAAUAAGAACUUAUUUAUUCCUUCAUACGACUGCAGGAAAGUAAGAAUAUCUGCGUAGUUUGGGUGAACUUACCCUUUAAAAACAGAGCUGUUUAAUGAGAGUCGCCAUGCGUUUAUCAGCUGAUUAUCCUUUUUAUUGUUUUUAAUAGAAAGUCCAACUCUCGCUGCAGGUACAAAAACAGAGAGCUGGCGUAGCAGCAGGGCUGAAUGCGUCUCUGACAGGAUCAGAUAAAAGAGGAAGAAGAGGAGGAGGAGGAAGAUGGAGAGAGAGGAAGAAAGCUGUUCAUAAUUACAGAAAAGAAAAAUCAUUCCUUUUACAUUCCUUUAUCCCAGAGCUGUACAUCGAUAGACGAGGCAAAGAUCAACAUUUAUAUAUUUCAUACUAUAUAUAUAUA